AUGGUGGCAAACAUGUCAUUGAUCUUCAAGAAGGUGCACGAGACGCCUACAGUAGCUGGGCAGGAUAUUGCGGUGGAGAGCAGAGACUUUGAUCUUGACCAGGAAUUGACGGGGGGUUCUAUCUUGGUACAAGUUCUGUAUGUCUCAUUCGACCCGUACAUGAAAGGUCGCAUGGUUGAGAAGCCGGUGAUGGGCCCUUACAAGCUCAACGAGCCCAUCCCGAACACAGCCCUUGCCAAAAUCCUUCGAUCCAACAACGAAGCUUUCCCCGAAGGCGCCAUUGUCAGGGGUGAGUUUCCCAUUAGCCAGUACGCCAUCGCCACCGCCGAAGACUUGCAGGCCGGAUGGGCACACCUGAUCGAGAACCCUCUCGGCUUCCCCCUCGACACCUUCCUCGCCGGGCUAGGGAUGCCCGGACUCGCCGCCUACGCCUCUCUGUAUGAGAUCGGCAAGCCCAAAAAUGGUGAGACUCUGUAUGUCUCCGCCGCGGCCGGCGCCGUGGGCCAUGUCGUCGGGCAGAUCGCCAAGCGUGAGGGCCUACGUGUCAUCGGCUCCGUGGGCGCCGACGAAAAGGUCGACUAUCUCGUCAACGAGCUCGGCUUUGACGCUGUCUUCAACUACAAAAAGGAGACGGUCGACGAGAGCCUCGCGUGUCUUGCGCCCGACGGGAUAGACAUUUUCUACGACAAUGUCGGCGGUGAGACGCUGGACGCGGCUCUGCUGAAGAUGAACACGUAUGGACGUAUCGUCGCCUGCGGCGCCAUCAGCCAGUACACGCGUGUCCAAGGUCCUUACACGGGCUAUGGAGUCACCAACAUCUUCAACAUCACGGUGAAGCGGGUCACCAUGGCUGGCUACAUUGUGACCGACCCCAACAUCGGUCCCAAGUACGGCGCGGAGCAUAUGCAGAACGUAUCAAAGUGGAUUCACGAUGGUAGCUUUACGUCCAAGUCGACUGUUGUGGACGGCGUCGAUAACGCAGCCGAUGGGUUUGUGGGCAUGUUUUACGGCAAGAACAUUGGAAAGGCAGUUCUCAAGAUUUAG